AUGUCAGAAAAAUACAAAAAGUUUCUUUUGCCAUACGAAAAAUUCCUUCAAUACCGCGAGAAGGUUCCAUCUGACAUGGUUUGUUGUCGAAAAUGCGGAAAGAAUGAUCGGACUGAUCUCCUUAUAUGCGAUGGUUGCGAUUAUGUGGGCGCCUAUCAUAUGGCUUGUCUCGAUCCGCUUCUUUCCUAUGUGCCAAAAGGGAAGUGGUUUUGUCCAACCUGCUUUGUGAAAAACUUCAAACUCAUCAACAAAAUUGACGAGUUUGGGUUUCGGAAGUCUGCUAAUUCGUAUUCGUUACAAUCAUUUGGUAUCCAUGCCGAUGAUUUCAAGUCGAAGUAUUUCGGCAAGCCAUCUCAUUUAAUUGCCCUAGAGGAUGUAGAGUCGGAGUUCUGGCGGUUGAUUUCUGAUCCUGAAUGUGAAAUUUCUGUGGAAUACGGAGCCGAUCUAAAUGUUUCUGUUUGUGGUUCCGGUUUUCCUACCUCCCCUACAUCAAGAUAUGCUAUUAAACAAUAUGUGAACUCACCGUGGAAUUUGAACAAUUUCGCAACGAAUGAGCGGUCCGCUCUGCGUUAUCUCCCGACAGACAUUUCUGGUAUGAAGGUCCCAUGGUGUUACGUAGGCAUGGUUUUCUCUUGUUUCUGUUGGCAUACGGAAGACCAUUGGAGUUUUUCCAUUAAUUACUUACACAGGGGUGAGCCGAAAACAUGGUAUGGCGUCCCCUCAACCUCCGCGGACGCUUUCGAAGCUGCAAUGCGCCAAGAAGUGCCUGAGCUUUUCGAACACUCUCCAGACCUCCUUCAUCACAUGACCACUCUGCUUCCACCGAGCCGAUUGAUCGCACAUGGCGUGCCAGUCUUCAAGCUGAACCAAAUGGCGGGUGAUUUUGUCGUCACCUUCCCAAGAGCUUAUCACAGCGGCUUUAAUCAUGGUUUUAAUUUUGCCGAAGCUGUGAAUUUCUGCCCCGCUUCUUGGUUUUCCUCUGGUCGUAACAGCAUCGAUCAAUAUGCACUCAUUCAUCGACCGCCGGUAUUCUCACACGCAGAAUUGCUCUGCCGAAUGGCCGAAUCGUUAGACACCCUAUCGAUAGACUUCCUCGUGGUUGUAACGGACCAGUUGUCCGAUCUCUUGGAAAAGGAAAGGUCUCUUCGCCGUCAUCUGGCUCGUCUUGGUGUUCGACGUACUGAACGUUUCGUUUUUGAGACCUGCGAGGAGGAACUGCGUGAGUGUAUGCUCUGCAAGACGACACUUUUCACAUCGGCGCUGACCUGUGACUGUUCAAAAAGUGAGCUGGCGUUUUUGGUUCAUUAG